AAAUCCAGCACGUAUCUGAUGCAGGUCUACGACGCCAAUAGUCGUUUAUUGAUUGGGACGGCCACUUCCCAAAACCCAGAAGAAAUUACAAUUGGUAAUUUACCCCAAGAGCACGAGGAUUUGCUUUUAUUUAUAAGAACCAUGGACGCUAGAUCCAUCACGAGCGACGCCAAUAUCAUUUACGCCCCAGCCGUCGCUAAAAUUAGAACUGGCGCCACCACGCCCGUGCUUCUUCAAAUAACCCCCCUACUAGGCGCUCUGAUCGGAGUGGUGGCAGCUCUCAUCCUGGUGGCCAUCAUCAUCGUGGUGGUCAUCCGCCUACGCGGCGGCGGCGACAGGGACGACAAGGACUACGACGACGGAGGAUUGUCGUCCUCCGGACGACGAUGCGUAGCGGGUAACAGCGACAAGGCCAGUACCGAACCCUUGAACAAGGAUCUAAACGACAGUGUCGAUAGUUUGGAAGAAAAGAACCCGGAUAUAAUCCCUCAGAACAACGGAGAAGACGAGUACCAGGACGAGGAAAGAGCCUUCGAGAGACUGAAUAACGCAGCCACUUUGAGGGUGUAUAGCAGGAUGCAGAGUCCAAACAGCCAAGCCAAAAAUGGGUCCUACGAUGGAUAUGGACCAAAAACACAGAUUCCCCAGGUGAUCUACAAUCAGCAGUGCAUACCCAUGUCGGUGAUACGAAGGCAGGAGCCCACCGUCUACGCCCAAAUCGACGUGAAACGUAUGCCCCAGUGCAUGCAACCCCUCAGUCCUCCGCUACCGUCAUCGUUCCAAACGCUGCAUCAUCCACAUCUGGCACCUUACAUACCCAGGCCCCUCCGGGACGACCAGAUUCUGCACGAUGGUUCCGUUAGUUCCGAAACGCCGUUGCUGAAUCCAAGAGAUAAUAAUACUCUUCAGACGCUGUUGGAGGGUUCCAACACAAGAACACCAAAUAUAACUUCUACGCUCCCCCGAACUGUCACGGCGACUCGGUUUUGACCUAGUUAAGUUUAAAUCCAAAGGACUGGUAUAUUUAUAAAUAAAUACUUAAUUGUUAUAUGACUUUAAUGUGAGUGUUACCUUUAUACUAAGUGUUUCAUCGUUUGCGUUCCGAAUAUUUCGACUUCUCCGGGAAAUAUUUUAUUUUUAUAAGAUCGAUGUCCUCUAUUCCUUUCAGAGCAAUUUUUAUUUAUUUGGAAUUAUAUUUAUAUUGAAAUGUAUGUAUUUUUAGAAAUUUAUUUAGAGAAGUUGUUACUUAUAUGAAGUGAAAAUUUUAUUUGACAUUUUAUUGUUGUUAUUUAUUCUGUAUUUUUUCGUCGAGCAAGGACAAUUGUAAGACUGUGAUGGUACAGUCACAAUCCGAAUUUUAAAAACAGCAUGUGCAGACUAAAUUUGCAGUAUAGAUUUUUUUCGAACAAAGAAUGAUAAGUGAAAACUAAAAUUCUACGAAGACAUUCACACUUUUUUUCUGUACAUUCAGUAACAACUUUUGUUAAACAUUUGCUUUGUAUAAAGUUGUAGUGAGUAGAUACUAUAAGAUUUUUUUUAACAUCUAUUUAGUCUGAACAUACUGCAGUUGCCUGUAAAUAUAAAUUUUUAUAGCUGUGACAACAAAUCAAUUAUAAAUAUAAAAAAAAUGUAAAUUGCUGCAUAUAAUUAUUAUAACCUCCGUUAAACAAAAUUCGCAUACCUUCUCAUUAAUUAUAAUUUCGAAUUGUUGAAACGAAAUUUAAAAUGUUUGUUGUCUAGGUAAAUAAUAUGUAUUAUAUACGUAUAUAAUAUGUUGUUCACAUUAAACGAUAAAAUGAUUAUUUUGUUACUAUUAUUUCUUAUAGAAAUUCAUUAUGAUGUACUGCCAUAUAUUAAGUCUGUACAAGUAAGGAGAUUUAUUAUAAUUCGCUUUAAAUAUUAUUUUUUAUUUGGCAUUUAUGAUAGUAAGUGUAAACAGUUGGAUUUCCGUCCAAUAUCACUUCAACACAUGCAAACAUUGUUGAGUGCAACUUUUUCAGUCAAAUAUAUCUGAACAUAUUACAAUUUUAUAACAUUUUACCUUUCUCGAGUUUAACAUAUUUAUUCCUAACGAACUAUGUAUUUCCUAAGGCAAUUUUUAAUAAUACAUUUUUAUACAGGCUGAUUCAGUCAUAAUAUCAUUAAUUUUAAGGGAAGAUCAUAAUUAAAACCCCUUUUCGGUGCGCUCCUGAUCGCUGUCCCACAAAGGUUUAUCGAGAGUAAAUCUCGACCUACCGCAUUACUCGG